AUGCCGCCCAAGAAAGCCGUCAAGGAGGAGAAGAUCCUGCUGGGAAGACCAGGAAACAACCUGAAGAGUGGUAUCGUCGGCCUAGCUAACGUCGGCAAAUCAACACUCUUCCAAGCCAUCACAAAAUGUACACUCGGCAACCCUGCCAACUUUCCCUUCGCCACAAUCGAUCCUGAGGAAUCGAGAGUGCUAGUACCUGACGAUCGAUAUGACUGGCUGUGCAAACAUUACAAGCCAAAGUCGGAAGUGCCAGCGCAUUUGACCAUCUACGACAUUGCUGGUCUGACAAGAGGCGCGUCGACGGGAGCCGGUCUAGGCAAUGCCUUUCUAUCACAUAUCAGAGCAGUCGAUGCCAUCUUCGAGGUCGUCCGAUGCUUUGACGAUGCCGAAAUCACACACGUCGAGGGCGACGUUGAUCCAGUGCGCGACUUGGACAUUAUCGUGGGAGAGCUCAUCGCCAAAGAUAUCGAGUUCACCGAGAAGGCCAAGGAGAAUCUGGCUAAGCAGACACGGCGAGGUGGCCAGAGUCUGGAGAUGAAGAAGCUGCAACAAGAAGAGGCCACAGUCGACAAGAUUCUGGCAUGGCUCAAAGACGGCAAAGAAGUGCGGAAAGGCGACUGGACGCCGAAAGAGGUCGAGGUCAUCAAUCCUCUCUUCCUCCUCACAGCAAAGCCGGUUGUCUACCUCAUCAACCUCUCAGAAAAGGACUACAUCCGCCAGAAGAACAAAUACCUCCCCAAAGUUAUGGGCUGGCUGAAGGAACACGCCGCCGGCGACCCGAUCUUGCCUAUUUCAAUAUCCUUCGAAGAGCGACUCACCCAACUAGGCGGCGACGCCGAAGUGGAGGAAGAGUGCAAAAAGCUCGGCACAAAAUCCGCCCUCCCCAAAAUCAUCACCACGAUGCGAACAUCUCUCAACCUAGCUAGCUUCUUCACCACCGGCACAGACGAGGUGCGGCAGUGGACGAUACGGAAGGGGACAAAAGCGCCCGGGGCUGCCGGAGUGAUUCACACUGAUUUCGAGAAGACGUUCAUCCAAGCAAUCGUGUAUAAUUUUGACGUGCUCAAGGAGACUGGUGACGAAGCUGGCGUCAAGGCUGCUGGCAAGAUCUUAACGAAGGGCAAGGACUACGUUGUUGAGGAUGGCGAUAUCCUGCUCAUCAAGGCGGGUGCUGCUAAGGGUUGA